AUGGUGAGAAGUAACAUUCGGUCAUGGGAGGAAUGUUUGCCAUUUGUUGAAUUUGCAUAUAAUUACAGUGUGCAUUCUUCUCAUGGGUUUUCACCGUUUGAAAUUGUCUAUGGUUUUAAGCCACUAACACCUUUGGAUUUAUUGCCUUUACCUUUGCAUGAGAUUACUAAUCUAGAUGGGCAAAAAAAAGCUAAUCUGGUGAAGGAAAUUCAUGAGAAAGCACAAAAAAGGUUUCUAUCCAAAAAAAAGUUAAAGCUGGAUGUUAGAGGAGAUGGUCCAUUUAAAGUGUUGGAAAAAAUUAUUGACAAUGCUUACAAAAUCGAUUUGCCAGGUGAUUAUAAUGUUAGUGUUACAUUUAAUGUUUCUAAUUUGUCUUCUUUUGAUGAUGCAGAUUUACAUUCAAGGGUGAAUGCUUUUGAGGAGAGGGGGAAUGAUGCAAGAUCAAAGGCAGAUCCAAUGGACCAUGCACAACAGGAGGUUCGACCAGCCCAUUAUGAAGUUUUGAAUGAUUUCCCAAUGAUAAAUAAUAGGUCAAUCACAAGAUCCAAGCUGAAACAAUUGAAAUCCCAAGUUUAG